CAUGAAAGCCUUGAUCUUCGUACUUGUUGUGGAUUUUCUUGCUUGAGAAAUUCGACAUUGGUCCCUAUAUAAGGUUCGAGGACUGAACCUAGCCAUGUUUAUAGAUCAGGUGGAAGAAAAAGAAUCCUGCGUGCCUUUAGUUUUCACCAUCCUUUUCUCUAUUAUGUGUCUCUGAGGCUGUGAGUCCUUUUUUUUUACAUUUUUUUGGAGAUGCAUGUCAAGCCACAUAAUUCUUUGUACCCAAAAACCUUAUCGUGGAAUGUUAAUUAUGGGUGUUUAGGCUCUCACAUGUGAUUUUGAUUGGAACUGUACGUUCUGAGCUUCUUGAGCUUAUUUGAUCCCAUCAUAAUUUAAAUAUACCCCCCUAACAGUGUGACGAGGGUUUUAUGAUAAUAAUGUCAGAAGUUUUGGGGUGUUUUUGAAAAUAAUAUUGAAAGUUAGAAAGUUAUGUGGAAUGGGGUUACUGUUGGGGAUUUUUUUUUAGUUCUGCUCAAUUCACCCUAUUCCCUUUAAGUUCCUAAGUCCUCUCAUUUUGUUCUAAUUUUUUGCCCUAAUUCUCCGCCUUCACCUACUUAUUUUACUCAUUUUGAAACUUCUGCUAUUUGUGGAAGUGCUAUUUUGCAAGCUUCCUGUUUGUUUAGUGUGAUCUUAGAGCAAGCAGAUGUGCUACUCAAAAUAACAGAAGAACAUGUUGCUUGUGACAGUUGAUUCAAUUAUGCAAAUCACUACAUUAUAGCAAUUCCAUUUCUUAUGCCUUUCUUAUGGUAAGCUGAUGCCCUGAUAUUGUGAGACUUACAUGAAGUUUCUGUCAAAUUGCCCGACGCUUGACAAGGAUUUGGAAUUGUAGCUGCAGAUGAUUACUUCGUCGGCCAGACAAUCUGCAGUUAGUAGACCGCCAAGGUUUAUAUUCUUCCUUCGCUCUAUGCUUUGAAUCUCUAUGUUGUGAUCUAAUUAUUUAUAGUGAUUUCAAUGACAUUUUCAUUUACUUUGGAAUGUUUUUAUUAGAGGAAUAUAAUGGAUAUUAAAAAAUUUAGAUACUAAAAAUAAUGAAUGAGGGGAUGGAGAGAACUGGAGGUGACGAUGUGCGGCAUUAGAUAGAGACGGUGGAGGAAGCUCUAAUUUGUGCCUGGCGGCGGAUGUGGCGACUGCCAAGGAGUUGCUCGAGAUUGCGGAUAAGGUUGGACCGGAGAUUUGCUUGUUAAAAACACACGUGGAUAUAUUGCCCGAUUUUACACCAGAUUUCGGCUCUCAGCUCCGCGCGAUUGCAGAUAAGCACAACUUUUUAAUCUUUGAAGAUCGUAAAUUUGCCGACAUCGGAAAUACUGUAACUAUGCAGUAUGAAGGAGGUAUCUUCCGCAUUUUGGACUGGGCGGAUAUUACUAAUGCACACAUAAUCUCUGGACCUGGAAUUGUGGAUGGCCUUAAGUUGAAGGGCUUGCCUAGAGGGAGGGGACUGUUACUACUUGCAGAAAUGAGCUCUGCGGGUAACCUCGCCACUGGAGAUUACACGUCUGCUGCAGUAAAAAUUGCUGAACAACAUUCAGAUUUUGUGAUUGGCUUUAUAUCGGUUAAUCCUGCAUCGUGGCAAGGUGGGCCUGGGAACCCAGCAUUUAUUCAUGCAACACAAGGUGUUCAAAUGGUUAAAGGAGGGGAUUCCUUAGGCCAGCAUUAUAACACUCCUUAUUCUGGGAUUGGAGGCCUUAAACUUUUUUCACUCCAAAAGAACAAAAGAGCAAGGGCAUUGAAGUGGGCGGAAAUAGGUUUGGAAUCAUAUAUAAGGUUGAUAGUGAUGAUAGGGAGGAUGCAUUUUAAACACACAGCAGGAUGACAAAAGUGGAGAAUGAGUCAGUACUGCUCUCUCCUUUUUUACUUGAUAAAAGGAAUGCAUUCUUUGAGUGAAUAAAGUGGACUUUGCUGGAUUGCUAGAACUUGCACCACACCUUGCUGGAACUCCAACACCUUGCUGGCUUGCUGGAACUUGCACCAAGUCAUUGUGAAAAUGUUGAUGGUGCAUGGAUUGUUAAUGCAUUGUGUUUAUUUGGCUUGGUGUAUUGUAUUGUAUUGUAAUUGUUUUAGUUAUUUGGCUUGGUGUA